GUUUAACAUCAUGAGUCAAGUGUUCUGUGCACGAGUCAACAGUUUUUUGUGUAAACAUAAACAAGUUUAUUUGUAAAUUGUAAUUAAUGUUGUUUUUUGCAGAAAUAACAGAUUUUCGAAUAAUUCAUAAUGUAUUGAGAGCUAUAGCUAUUAAGGAUCAUGUAAUCUUAAGGCCUAUGGAAGAAGGUUUGAAAUUAACUUUAGAUGAAAUGAAAUGUAUCGAAACUUCAGUUUACAUUCCUAGUUCGGUAUUUACUGAUUAUAAUAUAAAUUCAAAUCAAGAUAUCAUAUUUAAAAUUAACUUAAAAACUCUGGUUGAGAUACUAAAUAUCUUUGGAGAUGAGGGAAAUCCAAAUAUCAAAUUAUCUUAUAAUUCAGUUGGAGCACCCUUAAGUAUUGUCAUGAAUCAUAAUGAAGAGAAUAUCACCAUAGAUGGUGAGAUUCGAACCUUGAAUGUGGAUGAUUUUAAUGAUAUAAGUUUAGCAGAUGAAUGUAACACUAACAAAUUGGUUAUAAAUGCAAACAUUUUGGUAGAACUUCUAAACAGACUAAAUAAUUCUGCAGAUGAACUAAAAGUAACAUUGAGUCCAGAUCCUCCUUUUUUUACUUUAACUACAACUGGAAUUGCUGGUGAAUCUGAAGUAAACAUAUCUAAAAAUUCUGAAGAAGUAACCUUGUAUCAAUGUCAGUCAACCACAUCUGCCGUAUAUAGUUUUUCCAACAUUAGACAUAUCCUAAAGGUUAUGACUUAUGCGGAUAAAGUUGCUAUAUCUACAGGAGAAUCCGGUUUACUAGGUUUACAACUUGUCAUUAAUUCGGUAGAUAGACAAAUGUAUGUAGAAUAUUACGUAACAUCACAAUAUUUGACAGACGAUUAAUAAAUAGUAUGUACUUAAAUAAUGAUUUAACAAAACUGUGAUAUUGAAAUAUAAUAACUCAUAAGUUGUCGGUAUGAACAUCACACAGCAUUUUCCUUAUUUUUGACAUUUUAAUCUGUAAGUUUGUAAGAUUUGUUGUUCAAUAAAUACAUGUAUUUUCUUUAUAAUCGUUCACAAGGAACCUUUUAAUUAUUUUUUAUUUCAAAUUGAUUUUUAAUAAUUUUAGAACCAAAUAAUACAAAAUGGAAGGGUUGAAAUAAAACGGAUUAAUAAAAUUGUAAUAUAUUUUGAAAAUAUAUAUUACAAUAAUAAAUUAAACAAUUAUAAUUAAU